AGAAGAUAUCAGUGGAGGGAUACCGAAUGACAGUCGUCCAGGUAUUGGUAAAGCACUUGAGCGAGAGGGAUUGUCUGAAGUGGGGUUGAAGCAUGGGCUGUGCUUCAAGCAUUCAUAUCUCCGAUAGGGUGGUCUAUCAAAGUGGAAAGGAAUCGGACGAUUCCCAGCAGACCAAUGCCACUCCUGCCCCAGGACUUCUGAUCAAACCCAGCACUAUCAAGAACACAUUUACCCAGGUGCAGUUUGGACCAAUGAGGUUAUACGAAGAUCAUCUUGAGGUACUGUUAGUAUUUGCCAAAGAGGACAGCCAGAAUAAUGGGUUCUGCUGGGCGGUGAGAAGGCCAACUUCAGGUGUAACGUGGCGAGGACGCCAGAGGCAGCGCUGGAGUGUUUCCAGGAAAAGCACCACGACCUCGUCAUCAUCGACCACAGACAUUCCAGAUACUUCGACGCUGAAUCACUAUGCCGGUACGUUAUAUCAGUAG